GCAGCAGUACAAUCAGUAUUCUCCAGUGUCUUCACUACACUCAGGCCUUCUGUAACCAUGUCGGGGAUGCAUCGAUUCAAGAGUCUAUAUGAAGACGACUCGUGCACUGGAGCGCCAACCGGUGUCUACGCUAGAAGACAAAACGACUGCGAGAACCAAGUCGGCUCCGGUGGUGCUGCAUGUGACGCUGUCUACGAUAGUGACGAUCUUCUGAUUGGGUAUGUGGAGGAUAGCUGUCACGAUGGUCGCGGCGCCGGUUUCAGCGCACUGUUCGACGGUGAAGCCUACAUGGCUUUCGACUAUUACUGGGAAGACGACUGCACCAACUACGACAAUUCUGCUGCAUACCGAGCCGGCGGCGAUUGCGAGGCAAUGAUCGUAGACGACAAAACAGCUAGGAGUGCUACACUUUCUGUCUCGAGUUCGGGCUUGGUGUGGACUCGAAACAUGGGCCCCAUCGCGACGUCACUUGGAUGCCCUGGUGAGGGUGCCCCUGGUUACUACGAGUUUGACGUCCCCAAGUCGGAUAUUAACACGGGUGCGUGCAAGAAUUUCAAAGAUAUCGGGGGUGCAUUCUCCUUCUACGAUAUAUCCGAUCCUCCAAUCCCAACCACGUCCAAAGCCACAUCGACUACUUUAUCACCAACCGCCACCCCUGCUACGUCACCACCCACAUCAUCAACCCCGUCGUGGGAUGCCACCAGCAACAGCCAGGGAAAUUCGAGCUCUACACCGUCGUCCGGCUCGACCUUGCCUCCAACCACCUCCGGAUCCAAUCUGGAUGGUUCCAGCUCGGGGUCCCUGUCAUCAACUCCAUCGCCAUCAACUUCUACUGGACGUGGCCUCUCUGUUGGAGCAGUCUCUGGAAUUGGUGGCGGUGCUGCUGUCCUGGUCGUGGUGAUCAUUCUGUUGGCGUGGUGUAUCGUGAGGCGAAACAAGAAGACCAAGGAAGCUGAUUCAAACUCACUGCAAGAGCCGUUCCUAGGAAGAGGUAGUGCUUGGACUGGUGGUACCACCGAUGGUUCGGAUAUGUCGUCCUUUGGUCCAGGUCUCUGGAACGAUGACAAAAUUAUCGCCACUCGCGUUCCUCGUGAUCAAGUGGUUUUCGAAGGUCUCAUUUGUCGCGGUGGAUACGGAGAAGUGUAUCGCGGCACUUAUAACCACAAACCAGUCGCCAUCAAAAUGUUGCUUCCCGACAUGCGAGGUGAUCUGAGAAAGGUUAAUGCUUUCCUAGCAGAGGCUAAGUUGAUGGCCAGUCUUGCCCACCCGCACAUUGUGCAAUUCGCUGGUGUGUCGUGGGCUUCUCUCUCAGACCUGUGCGUGCUAUCGGAGCUGAUGAAAGGUGGAGAUCUGCGGUCCCUAUUGCAACAAUUCGAAGCUCAAGGCCACCCGCAAGGCAUUGACGACGACAAAAUCCGCAUCGCGUACCAUGUUGCUCAAGCAUUAACGUAUCUCCACUCGCUCUCUCCGGUCGUGAUUCACCGCGACUUGAAGUCGAAGAACGUGUUGCUUACAGAGAAUUUGGAUGCGAAGCUCACGGACUUCGGUAUCUCGAAGGAACAGCAGGAUAACACAAUGACCGCAGGUGUUGGGACGAUGCUGUGGAUGGCACCAGAGGUCAUGAUGGCUGAACGAUAUACCGAGAAAGCCGACAUUUUCUCGUUUGGAGUGCUUCUAUCAGAGCUGGAUCUGCAUACGUUGCCGUACUCGCACGCCAUGCGCGAUUCGGUGACAGGUAAAAAGUUACCUGGUGCGGUCAUUAUCCAGAAAGUAGCAUCUGGUGCUCUGCAAGUCGAAUUUUCGCGCUACUGUCUAGAUUCGAUGGUAGAGUUGGGUAAGGAGUGCAUUGCGCUGGAUCCAGCAGCUCGACCAUCUGCUCCGAUGAUUGUUUUUAGGUUGCAGACGAUCAUGAAGGGAUCCUUCGGUGAAGGAUACGUUAUUUAGAUGUGCUAUGGAUUCCCACCAGUCUUAGUGUCGUCUAGUUCGGCUGCUGGGCGAUUUCGUUCUGAACAGUUCAAAGCACUACAUGUAGUUCAUUGGUGUGGCUCUUGGUAUGGUACCAUCAAAUAAUACAGUGUGUUUUUUUAUUGUUAAUUUG